AUGACAUAUUCAGUUGUAUCUAUACCUUCGACAGAGUCGCCUACCACAAUGAUGAUUCAUGGAAUUGUCAUACACUCUCAGAAACAGAAGGAAUUCAAAAGAAGAAGAAAAAACAAAAACAUGCUAUCUAUUAAAUUUACUACACCAGCUAUCUUUUUACUUUUGGUACUCACAACUUUUUCAAAUGGUAAUGUACAAGGACAACUACGGAAUAAACGAGCUGUCGUUUCAGGAUGUUCAUUAACACCAGAAAUCGAAGAAGGACCGUACUAUUACAAUGGAUCAUUAGUACGACAAAAUAUAACAGAAUCACAAGCUGGCAUACCGUUUACAUUGAUAGUAACUGUAGUCGAUACAAAUAAUUGUUCUGCAAUUGUUAAUGCUGCUGUUGAUCUAUGGCAUUGUAAUUCUAUUGGUGUUUAUUCACAUUUUGAAACAAGUGUUGUCAGUACAACAACAUAUUUGCGAGGUGUCCAAUUAACAAACACGAAUGGACAAGCAACAUUUUAUACAGUUUAUCCUGGAUAUUAUGGUGGACGUGCAACACAUAUUCAUGCUAAAGUUCGUUCUGGUGGUGUGGAAACUACUAGUGGCUCAGUCUAUUAUUGGGGUGGACAUACAUCACAUACAGGCCAAAUCUUUUUCAAUGACAGUUAUACAACAUUAGUUCAAGCGAUUUCACCUUAUAGUUCAAACACAGUAACACGUACGCUAAAUAGUGUUGAUCGUGUUUAUACACAACAAGAUGGUGUUGAUUCCUUAGUCACAUUAGCAUAUGUGAAUCAAGCAAAAGGUAUCAGUGGUGGAUUGAUAGGAACUGUAACUUUGAAAGUAGAUUCAACUGUUGGUGUCAGCAGCAGCAGCAGUAGCAGCAGCACAAAGAAUACAAGCACCAUCACCACACGCAGCAGCACCAAGCGCCGGCAACACUAG